AUGAAGGCAACAGGUGCCUUAGUGGUUCUCAGCCUACUGCUGCUCUCUUUCUUCUCGGAUGUAGCAGGUCAAGACAUUGAAGAGAUUUGCAGAGAGUUUAUAAACAGAAGCGUGUACUGCACAAGGGAGUCCAACCCUCACUGCGGCACGGAUGGGAUUACGUAUGGAAAUAAGUGUGCCUUCUGCAAGGCAGUGCUGAGAAGUGGAGGGAAAAUAAGGUUGAAGCACCUGGGGAAAUGCUGA